GGAGGGUUGAGUUGGGGUUGAGGUGAGGGGGAGGAGGAAUGAUGAUGAAGCCAAUGCAGAAGUUGUUGCAGUUGCCGAUCACGGCUGCCAACCUGAUGAAGCCCCUGACGGGGGGGGAGGAUGCCCGGAGCCCGGUGUUGCCGGCCGAGGGGAGCCCCCAGCACUGGUAUAGCACCGUGCACUCCAGUGAGCUGCGGCUCCUCAGGCCGGGCACUGAGCAGGACAGCGAGGCCGAGCAGCAGCCCGACACCGGGCCGGACACACAGCCCCUCCGACACGAUGACCUGAAGGAGAUGCUGGACAGCAACAAGGACUCGCUGAAGCUGGAGGCCAUGAAGAGGAUUGUGGCGAUGAUCGCCAGAGGCAAGAACACCUCUGACCUCUUCCCCGCAGUUGUGAAAAACGUCGCCUGUAAAAACAUCGAGGUGAAGAAGCUGGUGUAUGUGUACCUGGUGAGAUACGCUGAGGAACAGCAGGACUUGGCUCUACUUUCCAUCAGCACCUUCCAGCGGGGGCUAAAGGACCCAAACCAGCUGAUCCGAGCGAGUGCGCUCCGUGUCCUCUCCAGCAUCCGUGUGCCUAUCAUCGUCCCUAUCAUGAUGCUGGCCAUAAAGGAGGCCGCCUCUGACAUGUCACCCUACGUCAGGAAAACUGCUGCCCACGCCAUCCCCAAACUGUACAGUUUGGACCAAGACCAAAAGGACCAGCUAAUUGAGGUGAUUGAGAAGCUGUUGGCUGACAAAACUACGUUGGUGGCAGGGAGUGUGGUGAUGGCCUUUGAGGAGGUUUGCCCAGAGAGGAUCGAUCUGAUCCACAAGAACUACCGCAAACUGUGUAACCUGCUGAUAGACGUGGAGGAGUGGGGGCAGGUGGUCAUCAUCAACAUGCUCACGCGAUAUGCACGGACACAGUUCCUGAACCCCAACCACAGCGAAUCUUUACUGGAGGAAAAUGCCGACAAAGCCUUUUAUGGCUCCGAUGAGGAAGAUUCAAAGGAUGAGAAGGCGGACAGCGCGGUCCUUCCCAAACGGAAGCCGUACAUCAUGGACCCCGACCACCGCCUGCUCCUCCGUAACACCAAGCCUCUGUUACAGAGCAGGAAUGCUGCAGUGGUGAUGGCGGUGGCACAGCUGUAUUUCCACCUGGCACCGAAGGCUGAGGUGGGCGUCAUUGCCAAGGCGCUGGUACGCCUCCUCCGCAGCCACAGUGAGGUGCAGUUUGUGGUGCUGCAGAACGUGGCCACCAUGUCCAUCAAGCGGAGGGGAAUGUUCGAGCCUCACCUGAAGAGUUUCUACAUCAGAUCUACAGAUCCCACCCAGAUUAAAGUGCUGAAGCUGGAAGUCUUAACCAAUCUGGCCAGUGAGACCAACAUAUCCACUAUCCUGCGGGAGUUCCAGACGUAUAUCAGGAGCCAGGACAAGGAUUUUGUGGCUGCCACCAUCCAGGCCAUCGGUCGAUGUGCCACCAACAUUGGGGAGGUCCGGGACACCUGCCUGAAUGGCUUGGUGCAGCUGCUGUCCAACAGAGACGAGCUGGUUGUAGCUGAGUCGGUGGUUGUCAUUAAGAAGCUGUUGCAGAUGCAACCAUCACAGCACAGUGACAUCAUCAAACACAUGGCUAAGCUGAUCGACAACAUCAUGGUGCCUAUGGCGAGGGCCAGUAUCCUCUGGCUCAUCGGAGAAUAUUGCGAGCACGUUCCCAAGAUCGCUCCCGACGUGCUGCGCAAAAUGGCCAAGUCCUUCACCAGCGAAGAGGACAUUGUUAAGUUGCAGAUCAUCAACCUGGCAGCCAAACUGUACCUCACCAACUCCAAACAGACCAAGCUACUGACACAGUAUGUGCUGAACCUGGCCAAGUACGACCAGAACUAUGACAUCCGGGAUCGCGCUCGCUUCAUCCGCCAGCUGAUUGUACCGACCGAGAAGAGCGGGGUCCUCAGCAAGUACGCCAAGAAACUGUUCCUGGCCCAGAAGCCGGCCCCCGUCCUUGAGUCCUCCUUCAAAGAUCGGGAUCACUUCCAGCUGGGAUCCCUGUCCCACUUACUGAACAGCAAGACAGGAGGUUACCAGGAGCUGCCCGACUGGCCUGAGGUGGCCCCAGACCCCUCCGUCCGCAACGUGGAGGUUCCCGAGUGGACAAAGCCGAGCAGCAGGGAGAAACGGAAGGAGAAGGUGGAGAAACCAUUCUACUCCGAUUCCGAGGAGGAGUCAGAACCCACCGAGUCCGCAGACACUCCCUCUCCGUCUGCGAGUGAGUCCGAGAGCGCGAGUGGGAGUGGCCUGGAAAGCGAGAGUGACUCCAGUUCAGACAGUGACGAGGAGAGCGAUAAUGAACCUAAAUCUGACAAAGAGAAGAGGAAGAAAGCAAAGGACAAGAGCAAGGCGAGAGCUGAGCAGAGUGACGACAGUGGGCAGAGUGAAGGAGAAGAAAAGCAAAUGAUAAAGAAGAAGAGGAAACAAGUGGAAGAAAUCAAGGAUGAAUCAAGUUCCGAGUCUUCAUCCGAAGAGGACAGCUCAUCAGAAAACAGCUCGUCUGAGUCUGAGUCAGAGGAGGAUUCUGAAUCAGACACUCGCACAAAGAGCAAGAAGAAGGUUUCCGUUAGCAAACCCGCUCCGAGACCUCCCAAGGCUAACAGGAAGGAGAUCUCCCUGCUGGACCUGGAUGACUUCAGCAGCCCCACUGCCCCCCAGAACAGCCCAUCACCUAACGUGUUGCCCAAGAGCCUGAACCUGGAUCUGCAGGGACUCACACUGUCUGAUACCACCAUGUGUUCCAACGUGGUGAGUGCUGUGUUCAGCAUUGACAGGAGCCACGAGUUGCUGCACAGGAUCACGGGCGAGGGUCUGGCGGUGGAGUACACCUUCAGCAGGCAGCUGUUCAGCCCCCAGCCCACCAUGGUGUCUGUCCACCUCCAAUUCACCAACAAUUCGGACACCGAAGUCAAGAACAUCCACAUCAGGGAGCCCAAGCUGCAGCCAGGGAUGCAGAUCCAGGAGUUCAAAGAAAUCGCGUCUCUCCCCCCGGGUGAGGUGGUCACUGAUGUUCUGGGCAUCGAUUUCUGUGAUUCCACACAAGCCGCCAACUUCCAGCUCUGUUCUCAAACCAGGCAGUUUUACGUGUCAAUCCAGCCACCUGUGGGAGAGCUGCUGAUGCCGGUCUUCCUGACAGAGAAUGAGUUUAAAAAGGAGCAAGAACAACUGUUAGAUACCAGUGCCGGGAAAUUGAUGGGAAUGAACGAGAUUAGUGAGAAACUGACCCUGGCUGCGAAGUGUCAGAGUGACCUGGCCAUUGUGCAGAGAGUGAUUGCCGUGGCUAACCUCGGACGGGUGCCCUGUGGCUUCAACAACGAAUACAGAUUUGCGGCGAGGACUGUGAGUGGUAAGAGCCUGGUGCUUGUCACUGUGGUGUCCAAGGAGAACAGCGCUGCUCAGCUGACGGUGAACUGUGAGAAGAUGGUGAUCGGUACAAUGCUGGUGAAGGAUAUCACACAGGCGCUGACUCAGUGAUGGGGGGCUCUCAGCCUCACCAGGGUCUCUCUCUCUCCUUCAGCCUCACAACCUGACCGACACACGGCAACUCCUCAACCACAGAAGAGGCCACUGGAAGAUGGGCAAAAAAAAGUAUUUAUUAUAGUGAAAAGGAAACAUCACCCUUUCUGUAACGUUUCAUCCUCUCCAUCAUGCUUUAUGUUGUAAUAUAUGUGAUAGCAAUGUGAUCAGCACAGUCCUAACACUGAAAUCCACCGAAGAGAAGCAAUCUGAUUUGAUUUGUAUUUGUUUUUUUUCUAUUUCAACAGCGUAACUCUAGCUCACUAAUAAUGCCAUUCCCUGCUCUGUCUUCAUUUAUAAAGAGGUAGGAUUAUUCCCCACUAUUUUGGCUCAGUACUGACCUUUUUAAUACAUUCCAACAUUUGAUUGGCUUUAAAUCACUGCCAUCGAGCCAUUGUUGCGAAAGCUUCAAUUUAUUGCUUAGGAAAUGGUUUGUUUGAAUCAAGCGAAUUGGAUGCCUGAGCCUUUGAUUCUGAUGUUUUCUAGUUUAUUGUUACGCUUGAUACUGAUUGGGACCCACAGGGAAAACUGUGCUCACUGUCUAAGCUGUUAAUGUCUCGCUGUUAUCACGUAACAGAACAGACAGGUAACAUUAAGUCUAAAACAUUCAAACUGAAGAGUGAGGCAAAGUACUAAAGUUGCCUGAAGAGAGUGUCGUUUGGGUGGAUUCUCCCAACUCCAGAGUCUCACAGUGUUAGCGUGCGCUCUCUGACCUCCCACACUGGCCGCCAGUGGAAACCCAAACUAAAACCACCACUUUUGAUCAUCGCUGCCCUUUUAAUGAGUGAACUUAGCUGAGAGGCUUAUCAGCAAGUUUCAAUCAUAAAAAGAGGAUCACUUUUCCGGCGGUAAUAAUCCCUUCCAAAA